AUUCACCAUGAAUUUUCAUUACGCUGGUUGUGCGUACGGGGGGUAUCCAUUUUAUGGACCCCCGUACCCAUAUGUCGUUUACAGGGGCUCUGCUGCAGCCCCAGCCCCAGCUCCAGCCCCAGCCCCAGCCCCAACCGCAGGCCCAGUCCCAGCCCCAGCCCCAGCUCCAGCUCCAGCUCCGACUCCGACUCCGACUGAUCAGGACCAAGAGCCGACUGUGGUGCCCCCCGAUGGCCGCAGCGAUACAGAGACGAUCGAAAGCGGCGAGGUUGAUGCACAACGUCCAGCAGCCGGUGGAGGUGGUGAUGAAGGGGGCGGCGGACGUAGUCUGCGCGGCCGUCGUCGUCGCAAACGUCCCAACUCCAACAGGCUGUCUCAUCAAGAAAUUGGGCGCAAAAAUCUGUUCAGCCAUUUCAAGAAUAAAGCUGAUCAGGCUAAGGCCAAUUUUAUUUUAACCAAGAAGGAAAAGCAGACGGUAAUGGCUAAUUAUAAAAAAAGGCUUGGCAAAAUUAAGCGUACAUGUGAGGAAAUAAGACACAGUAGCUUGUCUUCAGAAGUACCACCGACUAUAAGGUAA